CUCAAGUAGAAUCAACAUGUUCAAGUUGUUCCUUUUCGGCGCAUUUUUGGCCUUCGCCGCCGCUGCACCUGCACCUGCACCUGCACCUGCACCAGAACCAGCACCAGGAUUUCAACUUUACAAUGGCAUUGGUGCUUUACCAUUACUUCGCAGUGCGGAUACGCCAUUGAUCUACUCGAAAACGUAUUCAGCACCUUCAUUAUACAAUUAUCCUUCACCGAUCAUCAAUUUUCCAUUGGUCUACAAAACUGGAUACUAUUAAGAAAGAAAAAACAAAAACCACAAAAACAGAAUAAGAUCAUCAAACAACCCGGCUACGAGAUUCAUCGAUUUCCACUUUGUUGUUUUUUCCUUCCUUUCUCUUUCUCUUGAACUCUCUUCCCUCCCUCGUUUACUCGCAAUGAAUAAUUUUGUUCCCCUAAUCCUGUUCUUUUUCGUUUACCUUCCACGUUUAUUAUCACUCAUGUCAAAAUGUAUCCACACAACAACAACAACAACAACAACAAAAAUCCUUCGAUAACAUUUUCUUCCAUAAAAAUUCUUGAACAAAAUCAAUCCUAUCCUUUUUGUCUCUCAGUUCCUUUUUUUCAAUCAAUCCCCCUCUUUCCACCCUUCCCCCCAGUCAUCGGUAAACACAUGCAA